CCUUUAUAACCUCCGGUAGGAGUAAUAGUGUUCUGUGUUUAUAACACUCUUCUUUGACACUCUUUGGUAGUUUUUAAAUGGCGGUGGCGUUUGUUGGGAUAUGAACUAUUGAUUUUUGUGAAAUUAUAUAUUUGGAUAUAAAUAUCCAAAAUAAAACUAUUAGUUCAGUACUGUUAAUUUUUAUAGUGCAUAUUAUUUCAGUGAUUAAGUAGUGAAAAGUUAUUUAUAUGACUGGACAUUUUGCAAAGCUUGAUAAUUACUCGUUAGCACAGAUCAAUUUAUACACGUAAAUAUAUUUUGUCAUGUUACAUAAAAAAGUAACGAACUGUUAUUUACGGAAAUGUCUGUGCACUAUAAAUUCAAAAGUGCUUUGGAUUAUGACACCGUUACCUUUGAUGGACUACAUAUAUCAGUAGGCGACUUAAAAGCUGCUAUUUCACAACAAAAGCGCAUAGGAAAAACUUCAGAUUUUGAUCUUCAGAUAACAAAUGCUCAGACAAAAGAAGUUUAUGUAGAUGAUAAUACCUUAAUUCCAAAGAAUACAUCCCUUCUUGUGGCCAGAGUCCCCCUUUCACAGCAACCAAAGAAACAGUGGGAAGGUUCUGGCAAUAGUCAGACUGCACUUCAAAACGAUGUCUCAGUUAAUAAGGGAUUGGCAGAUUUGUCUCGCAUGGAAGGUAGCGAGCAGGAUAAAAUUAAUGCUAUGAUAUCACAGUCAACAUUUGAUUAUGAUCCCAGCAAUUAUCAAAAAAUCAGAGGACAGAAUCAACGUGGAGCGGUUCCGUCUAAUUAUAUUUGCUACAAGUGCCAGAAGAAGGGACAUUGGAUCAAAGAUUGUCCUGCUGCUAAUUCAGGUGAUCCAAUAGAGAUACGAAGAAGUACAGGGAUACCUCGUAGUUUUAUGGUACCAGUAGAUGGUCCCAAAGCCCCAGGAGCCAUGAUGACUCCAAGUGGAACCUUUGCUGUUCCAGCUGUAGACCAUGAGGCUUACCUGGCAUCUGAGAAUGCCGGUGGUGCAGAUACUCCUACAAAUGCUCCAGUGGCUCCUGAACCUACAAUUCCAGAUGAGCUUUUGUGCAGCCUCUGCAGAGAUCUACUUACAGAUGCUGUUAUGAUUCCCUGCUGUGGAAAUUCAUUUUGUGAUGAAUGUAUUCGUGGAGCUCUUUUAGAAUCAGAAGAUCACGAAUGUCCAGAUUGUCGAGAAAAGGAAAUUGCACCAACAACAUUAAUACCUAAUAGGUUUUUAAGGAACUCAGUGUCCGCAUUUCGCAAUCAGACGGGAUACUGUAGGAGAGCUCCACACAGGCCAUCUGCUGGGCCACCCAAUAUAGAAGCACCUGCACCCGCACCGGUUCAGCCAGUAAAUGGACCCGUGCAGCCCGUCCCUCCAAAUAACGAUGCGGGCGUGGCGAGGGAACCGCGCGAGGGGAGGGUGCGCGGUGAUGAGUCGGACGGCUCGGCCGACGACAACAUCACCGUGACCGUGCCGCCGGCUCACGCGCACCACACGCACCACGCUCCGCCCGCCGUACACGCGCACCACGCGCACCAAGCGCCGCCUGCCGUACACGUGCAUCACGCGCACCACGCGCCGCCGCCCGUCGCGCAUGCUCGCCACGCGCACAUCGCGCCCCACGAUCGACACGCGAACGUACAUCGCUCGUCGCGCUACGGUACAAUCGCUAUACCGCUAUGCAUGACAUAAGCUAUUCGAUGAACCAUUUGUCUGAUAUAUGUUGUAUACGAAAAUUAAAAGUAGUGCUUAAUAAAUUAUAAUAUCGUUUACGUUUAUCUGUAAUUGUAAGUCACCUAUUCGAUAUCUCUAGGUUAAAUAUUAUGAAAAUAAAAUAACACAAAACACGUC